GAAUUAAUUUGUAGUUGCUCACUACAACAAACGUCAAUCAUUAUUAAUUCAAAAGCUGCUAGAUAAAAGUUAAUCUUAUCUUAAGAUAGGUAGUGUAUUACUCCCGUACACUACUCCCCGUAUCAACUCCAUCUCCUUAUAAGUACCAACCGCAUAAAAUCGUAAUCAUGGCGUCUAAGGGGAUAUCGGCUAAGAAGCAGCAAGAGCUGCAAACAACAUAUUCAAACUAUAAGAAUACCCUGCAGCAACUGGCUCAGAAGAUUGGUGAUGUUGAGCAAGAAGCCGAAGAACACAAGCUUGUUCUUGAUACCUUGGAACCGCUUCCGGGGGAUCGCAAGUGCUUCCGCAUGAUCAACGGCGUGCUGGUGGAGCGGACAGUCCAGGACGUAAUCCCUGCUCUGAAGACCAAUGCUGAGGGAUUGAAGAAAGUGCUCGACGACUUGGUCAAGCAGUACAAGAUCAAACAGGACGAUCUAGAAAAGUGGAAGAAGAAGAACAACAUCCAGGUUGUACAGUCGUGACGCAGCCUCGGCGCUGCAAUGCAGAGGAGUGGCUAUAGAAACCAUGCUAGGGUUACGAUACGGAUAAACGUGUUUUCG